GUCGCCCGAAGCCACUUCUCUCUCUCUCUCUCUCUCCACUGUAAGAAGAACACGAACAUGCUUCUUCUGCCCCCAUCCAUACCCACUCGCUUCCCAUCAUUUCACCUGAGUCAUCCGAUUCUCCGCCACCACCACAUCUUCCAAGCACCAACUUUCGCCGCCACAACCACCGCCGUCGCCACCACCUCUAUCUCCUCCAAACAACCAAACGCGGACAACGGAGACGACCUCGCUUCCUUCCAUAACCGCCGUUACGACUUCACUCCACUCCUCCAAUUCCUCUCCACCCACGACGCCACCGCCACCUCUACCUCCGGUUCUGACUCAGCUUCGCCGACCUCACUCGACCCCUCCGAGCUCCGACUGGCCGAGUCUUACCGAGCCGUCCCAGCUCCUCUCUGGCACUCCCUCCUCAAAUCUCUCGCUUCUUCUUCGUCCUCAAUCCCAACCGCCUACUCGCUCGUCACAUGGCUUCAGAAGCACAACCUCUGCUUCUCGUACGAAUUGCUUUAUUCCAUUCUCAUUCACGCGCUGGGACGCUCCGAGAAGCUCUACGAAGCGUUCUUGUUUUCGCAGCGACAAACCCUAACCCCUUUGACUUACAAUGCCUUGAUUGGGGCUUGUGCCUGCAACGACGACCUCGAAAAGGCUUUGAAUUUGAUGUCUCGGAUGCGUAGCGACGGGUACCAAUCGGAUUUCAUAAAUUACAGCUUAAUUAUUCAGUCUCUUAUUCGUAAUAACAAGAUUGAUUCGCCCAUUUUACAGAAACUUUAUGCAGAAAUUGAAGCUGAUAAGAUUGAGCUUGAUGGGCAGUUAUUGAAUGAUUUAAUUUUGGGGUUUGCAAAGGCUGGUGAUGCAAAUAGGGCUAUGUCCUUCCUAGCUUUGAUUCAGGGUAAUGGGUUGAGUCCUAAAACUGCAACUUUGGUUGCAAUUGUAUCUGCAUUGGGGAAUUUGGGUAGGACAGAGGAGGCAGAGGCUGUUUUUGAGGAGUUGAAAGAAGUUGGAUUGAAGCCGAGAACAAGGGCUUAUAAUGCUCUUCUUAAGGGGUAUGUAAAGACAGGGUCUUUAAGAAAUGCAGAGUGGGUUGUGUCCCAAAUGGAGAGGAAUGGGGUAUCUCCAGAUGAGCAUACAUAUAGUCUUCUUAUUGAUGCUUAUGCAAAUGCAGGUCGGUGGGAAAGUGCGAGAAUUGUGAUAAAGGAGAUGGAAGCCAACAAUGUACAGCCAAAUUCAUAUGUUUUUAGUAGGAUUUUAGCAAGUUAUCGCGAUAGAGGAGAGUGGCAAAGAUCAUUUCAAGUUCUCAAAGAAAUGAAGAAUAGUGGGGUGAGACCAGAUAGACAUUUUUACAAUGUCAUGAUUGAUACAUUUGGGAAGUAUAAUUGUCUUGAUCAUGCUAUGACUACGUUUGAACGGAUGAUAUCAGAGGGGAUUCAGCCCGAUGAGGUUACAUGGAAUACGCUUAUAGAUUGUCACUGCAAGUUGGGUCACCAUAAGAAAGCAGAGGAGCUUUUUGAUUCAAUGCAGGAAAGUGGGUGCUUGCCUUCCACAACAACAUAUAAUAUCAUGAUCAAUUCUUUUGGAGAGCAGGAGAGGUGGGAAGAGGUGAAGAACUUGUUGGGGAAGAUGCGUAGUCAGGGUUUACUGCCUAAUGUUGUUACGUACACCACACUUGUUGAUAUCUAUGGGCAAUCAGGGAGAUUUAAUGAUGCAAUCGAGUGCUUGGAGAUCAUGAAGUCUUCGGGGUUAAAUCCUUCUUCAACAAUGUACAAUGCCUUAAUCAAUGCAUAUGCACAAAGGGGUUUGUCUGAGCAAGCAGUAAAUGCAUUUAGGGUCAUGAGAGCAGAUGGUCUAAAGCCCAGUAUUUUGGCACUCAAUUCAUUGAUUAAUGCAUUUGGUGAGGAUAGGAGGGAUGCUGAAGCCUUUUCUGUCUUACAGUACAUGAAGGAAACUGGCUUGAAGCCAGAUGUGGUUAGCUAUACCACACUUAUGAAAGCUCUAAUUCGUGUGGAGAAGUAUGAUAAGGUUCCAGCUGUCUAUGAAGAAAUGGUCAUGUCUGGGUGCACCCCAGACAGGAAAGCUAGGUCAAUGUUGCGGUCUGCUCUGAGAUACAUGAAGCAGACACUGAAGUUAUAGUUGACAGUACGAGUCAUUGAGCCUGGGCAAAGUAUUGGACUAAGUACCAUGCUUGAGCUAGUUAAUUACAGAUUUGAGGGUUCAUGGCAUGUCAUUCUCCUUCAACUAUGGGAUACAGUCAACUGCAAGUGCAUUGAUGUUAAGUGUUUCAGAGUGAAGAUGGAGACCACAUCCAAAGGAUAAAAAAGCAUUGACGUCGCUCUUAUCCUCAUCCUCUUCUUUCCUCUCUCUUUCGUGCUCUAGCAAUAUAUGUAACCCAAUUUCAUCACACAUGCCAGCUGAAGUACCAUAAUGUAUCUGUACUUAUAUAUUUUUUUGCACAAAUCAUAUUUUUCUUGUAAUCUUGCAUAGGAGUUCAUCAACAAACUGACCUGACCUGACUUCACUAAUUGUUUAGUAAUCACAAUAAGCAUUGUAACAGGGAGUCAGGGAGGUUACAUGUAAAACUGGUGGCAUUUUAUGUUCUGGUGUACAGCCUACAAUAAGAUGUGUUCUAUUUCAUUGAUCA